UUGUAUGAUCUUGGAGCUAGAAAAUUUGGAAUAAUAGGAGUACCACCGCUGGGUUGUUGUCCAAAGGAACGCUACAUUAAUUACCAGAUGGGUGGCAAUGGCAGUUGUGUAGAAGCCAUGAAUGAACUUGCACAAGCUUUCCAUGCAUCAAUUGAAUCCCUCUUGCAAAAUUUCAGCUCAAUAAAUCAAGGAGUUGUUUACUCACUGGGAAACACCUAUAACAUCAUCAUGGAUUUCAUUGAUAAUCGUCGUGCAAGUGGAUUCCAAGUAGUUGAAACAGCUUGCUGCGGAAAUGGAACAUUUAAUGCAGAAACCGGGUGUGAAUCGGGAUCAAAACUUUGCAGAAAUCGUAAUCAUUACAUAUUUUGGGAUGAGUUUCACCCCACUGAGGCUGCUGCUCGACAUGCAGCUCUUACACUGGCUUACGCUGAUGGACAAGAGUUUGUGACACCUAUGAAUUUCAGCAGUUUGGCGAAGGCUUAGACGAAUGUAAUUAUUUCAAAAACCUGUUUGUUUGAUGUUCGGUGAAUAGAUCGAUGUGCAGUCGACUGGGUUAGUAAUUUCACUAGUUUUCUAAGGGCAAACGGGAGUGGGUGAGGGUAAUAAAAACGAGAAACAAUAUUGUUUUUAUCAUUGUGUAUUGACGGAUUAUAUGAUAAAACUUGUUCAA